UCUUUCAUGAAAUUUCAGAAGCAAAAGCAUAUUUUUCGCAUGUCAGAAUAUUUUUCAUUUCAGUUUCAUUUUCACUAAGUAUCAGUAGGAAAAACUAUCUUUACGAUUGCGUGACGCUCAGAAUUCAGUUUCAGUUUAUUUAUUUAAUUUGGCUGUAGCGUUUGAUGAUUAUUAAUCUGGUGAAUGGUGAACUGGUUUCAAGCCACUGCAAAAUACCAAAAAUUGUGUUGUUUUGGUUCACAUAAUUUAAGCUUUCAAAGAUUUAUUAAUAAACCCUACAAAAUGGAAGAGUGUGCUAAUAAGGAAUGUCUAAGUCAAGAUCCAGUUUUAUCGAAGAAAUAUUACCGUCGGGCUGAGCAUAGGAUAUUCGUGAACAGAUCUCUACAUUUAGAAAAUGUUAAGUUUUACGGAUUUGACAUGGACUACACAUUGGCGGAGUACAAAUCGCCCCAAUAUGAAACAUUAGGAUUCAACUUAACCAAAGAAAGACUGGUGCAUAAGGGCUAUCCACAGGAAAUAUUAGAAUUUGAAUAUGAUCCAUCUUUCCCAGUUAGAGGUCUUUGGUUUGACACAUUAUAUGGAAAUUUAUUGAAAGUAGACGCGUAUGGCAACAUUCUAGUAUGUGUACAUGGAUUUGAAUUUUUAAAACACUCCCAAGUAUACGAAUUGUAUCCAAACAAAUUCUUAACUCUCGACGAGUCUAGAGUGUAUGUAUUGAAUACGCUGUUCAAUUUGCCGGAGACCUAUCUAAUCGCGUGCCUCAUAGAUUUCUUUACAAAUUCUCCACAAUAUACACGAGAAAAAACGGGUGUAAGAUGUGGAGACUUAGCGAUGUCCUUCAAAUCUAUAUUCCAAGACGUAAGAAAUGCUGUCGACUACGUCCACAUACACGGGGAUUUGAAGAAGAAAACCACAGAGAACUUAGAUUUGUACCUCAAAAAGGACGACAGAUUGCCAAUGUUCCUAUCCAGGAUACGGGAGAGCGGGGCGAAACUAUUUAUCUUGACAAAUAGUGACUAUAACUUUACAGAUAAAAUUAUGAACUAUCUCUUCGACUUUCCAUAUGGAGCAAAGCCCGGAGAGCCUCACAGGAAUUGGAAGACAUACUUCGACUGGAUCGUGGUGGACGCAAAGAAGCCGCUGUUCUUCGGAGAGGGCACGACGCUACGGCAGGUUGACACUCGCACUGGCGCCUUAAAGAUGGGACACCACGUCGGACCUCUACACGAAGGACUGGUAUAUUCUGGAGGUUCAUGUGACGUUUUCACCGAGCUCAUAAGCGCCAAAGGCAAAGACGUGUUGUACAUAGGGGACCACAUUUUCGGCGACAUUCUCAAAUCCAAAAAGAUCGGUGGAUGGCGCACGUUCCUAAUAGUGCCUGAACUGGUCCAAGAGUUGCAUGUGUGGACGGACAAAUGUCAGUUGUUCGCCCAACUGCAGAACCUUGACAUUCAACUCGGCGACAUGUACAAGGAUCUAGAUUCAAGCACCAAAGAGAAGCCCGACAUAUCCAAACUGCGCAUGUCAAUCCGGGAUGUGACCCAUAAAAUGGACCUCGCGUAUGGAAUGCUCGGCUCGCUGUUUCGAUCAGGCUCUAGACAGACAUUCUUUUCUUCCCAGGUGGUGAGGUACGCGGACCUGUACGCCGCGUCGUUCCUCAACCUGAUGUACUACCCGUUCUGCUACAUGUUCCGCGCGCCCGCCAUGCUCAUGCCGCACGAGUCCACGGUCGCGCACGAGCAGCGGUUCACCGUCGACACGCCCACCAUCGAUCGGUCCAGGCACCCGAGCAGUCAGCGAAUUUACGCUGAUCGGCUGUUCGCGGCCGCGGGCGUCGUCGAGGAGACCAACGAGGUGUUGGCAGCUCCUGAGACCACCGACGGGAAGAGCGUGUUGGCGAGCGCGUCGGUGCCGCACGCGCGGCCGGAGACGCCGCAGCGGCUCACGCACACGCACGACGAGGAUUGCUCAGACGACGAGGACGUCUCCAAGGCCAACAAAUAGCACACAGGGUUGUUCAGACUGUCUACUCUCGCAUGAUCUGUAUGUGGUCAAUUAACUGUUAUAUCUAACGUUACUGAGAUAGAGUUAAGGAAUGUAUCUACAAUGGUUAAAUUGUCGUUGGACCGUGGGGGGAGAUGAAUUUAAUUAAAGUUAAAUAAAUUCACGAAAUUGUUGAUUAUAUUUUAUUGAUUUGAAUAGUUUCUUUCUCAAGAGCAUAUAAUAUUAAUAUGUACUAUAUUUAAACAUGAUACAAAUUGUGCUAUUAUAUAUAGGGUGCAUAUUAUGUAAACUAUCGAUUGCAUUACGAUGCAUAUAUAACAAUGUAUAUGUUAUGUAUAUCUAUAUUAUAUACAUAAUUAUUUUUUUCUUGGAACCUCAAUUUAUAGCUUGGCAAAUUCGUUCGUAACACUCCUGAUGGUCCGCGGGCGCCGGAGGUAGCGAUGCCCCGAGCGUACGUCUUCAUACGCUCACAGUUCUUCCCCUCCCGUCGUCCGCAUAUCAUGGGAGUGUAAUCAACGAAUUUGCCAAACUAUACACACUGUGCCCAUGAAACGAUAGAAGUGACGUUGCACUAAAAACAUGUCCUUUUCUAUACUAUAGCUUGACAACUUCGUUCGUAAUACUCCCGACGUUGCGCGCGGGUUGGGGGGCGUGUAGCGAUGAAUGAAAAACACACCACUGAUGCACGUCACUUCCCCGAACGCACGAUUUCACACCCGCGCAGUGUUUCCCCCUGUCGCCCGCAUAUCAUGGGAGUGUUAUCAACGACUUGCCAGACUAUAAAGCCAUACUCGAUGUGCACUGUUUACUAACAAACAAAUUAGAAAUGUAGGUAGAAAACGCACGUUUUUUCAUAACUUGUUUAUUUAAAAUUAAGUAUUGUUUAUUAGAAAUUAAAUAUCACGUGUCUUUAACGGUGAAGAAAAAACAUAGUAAGGAAGCCUACAUACCAGAUACCAGGGAAUUUUCUUUAUUCUCUGCGUGUGUGUAGUCUACUAAUCCGCAUUGGGCCAGCGUGGUUGACAAUUGGCCUAACCCCUCUCAUUCUGAGAGGAGACUCGAGCUCAGCAGUGAGAACAAGUUUAACAGUAACAAGAUUAAGUUAUAUAAUUAUUAAAAAGGUGUGAAAUGACUAGCAAUUUAUACACUCAUUUUUAAUUUGUUUGUUGGUAAACAGUGCACAUAGAGUAUAACUUUAGUAUAAUACAUUAUGUGGGUUCCUGCGGGGUUAUUAUGUAACUCGGUGUACCAUUCAAGUAAUCAGUCACUACAUAGUUUUUCAUCGUAUUCUCGUUUUUGCAAUCAUCUAACAUUGUGUUUUCAACUAAAUGACACUAUAAUCGUCAUUUUACCUGAAGUUAUAUUUAGUCUACUAGUGGUAGUAGCAGGUAAACACGUUAUUUUAACGAAAAACUGACAUUUACGUUAUUUUGUUGAAAUAUUCAUGUUAGACGAUUGUUAAAACAAAACAUCAUUGCCACUUGAUGUAAAAUGGCGUAGUCAAGGUAAUUUUGUAGAAAUAACUAUGUAACGGACGAAACAAAACACAGAAAAAUUCGGUGAAAAUGAGCUCUUCGGGACGUAUAUCGUUGCAAGGGAUGUUGACAGUUGGAUAAUUCGUAACGAACUGCGUAUAUUCAAAUAUCUGUCAAAACUGACAGCCCUUGGACGUUAUACGUUCCGUUAUAUGCCCGGCCAGUUUAUUUCACUAAAACAUUUACAACUAAAAUAUACAAUUGCGUCGCUUACAAACUAUAUUAGAUGAUCACAAAAACGAAAAUACGAUGAAAAUCGAUGUAGUGACUCAUUGUUUUAAUGGUACUCAGAGAUACAUAAUAAGACCGCUGAUAGCGUUUCUGAUAGAUUAUCUGUUAAUACUAAAGCUUAUUUUGGAUACGCAGCAAAUCAUUAGUCUAUUAUGUAAAUUAUUGUAAACUGGCGCUCAUACAUUAGGCAACAGUGUCUGUGUAGAGUCUAUGAAUAUGCUUAUCUCAGUGGCGUGCACUUCAUAGUUGCAAAAGUGCUUUGCCUUACCUGCAUUGAAGAAUCCAACCAUAUUUCAUACAUUGUUGGGUUCAGAUUAAGAUAUGGAGCAAGAACUUACAUUAUAAAAUUUACAAUUUCAACGAAACAUUUCAUAAAAUAUUAAUAACUGUGAAUUAUAAUUAUUUUUGGUGAUUUUGAUUUAUUAAAAAAGAUCGAUUUGUAUUUUCUUUAAAACAAAAACAAUCUUGUACUUAACCAGAAACUACACAGCACAACUAAAGUACAAUUUGUAAAUGUAAGUCAGGUUACAAUAAUUUACCAAAAAAUUGCUUAAACUACUCUACUCGUAUACAGGUAUAAAGUUCAACCUUAGACCAAUUACCUUCUAUGGGACUUGUAUCGCACUAAAGUUUGCACAACAAAGUAGUCUGUCGUUUUUUGAGGGGGACCAGGUAAACUCACACAUCGAAAAUAUUCAACACCAAUAUUAUCCUACUUCCUUACGCUAGGCCAGGGUUUCUCAAAUUGGGGUACGCGAACCCCUAGGGGUUCGCCAUACGAUGGCAAGGGGUUCGUAACAAGAUUUACGUAAUGGUGGCUUGAUAAAUGAUACCGAGUUAGAACUAAAGUUAAAAUUGUUCGAAAUUACUCCUAAUAUUGAAUCCAUUUGCGACAAGAAACAAG